CCUUCCUUCUACCUUAAUUAUCCAAAUAUAAAAAAUAUAAUCCUUUCCUUCUUUUCCCCUUCUUCAUUUUUAUUUAUCCAAACAAAAUUAACACAAAUCAUCUCCUUCCAUUUUCUUCCCUUCCAUUUCCUUUCUUUCCCCUCCUUUUCCUUCUAUUUUCCUCCGUUCCCCUCCCUUCCCUUCCCUUUACUAUUUUCUAUCCAAACAGUACGUUAAUAUCCAACAAGAUAGCUGCAGAUAAAUUAUCUACCUCCCGAUCUUCAUUGAUGAAGCGAACAGCCAUUUGGGAAUCCAUUUCUGCUACAACCCUCGGUAUACCAAGAGAUUUGCAAAGCCUGAGCCCUUCCCUCAAACCCCAAAGUUCUGCAACGUAACAUGACCCAUCAAUAUUCAAUUUAUGCCAUCCCUCAACAGGUGGUGUCCAACUCACCCAACGAGGCUGCCGAGACCUUACUAGAAACAGAGGAUGCAUGGCAAGCUCCGUAUAUUUUGCCUGUUGAAACACCAGUGAACAUAGCUCAUGUGGCUUGGUGCGAUGAUUUCGAAAGACCAAAGCAUUUCUAUCCUUCCAGAGAAGCCAGAUGGCAGAAAGAAACAGAGCUGUACCUGAGACGCUUGUUGGAUCGUGUAAGGGUGAUGAGGUUGAGAAUUUCCUUAGCCAAAGUGAUUGGUCCAAAGCAAAGAACUCAGAGCUUGCAAACCCCAAAGCCAUAUGACGCGCAAAUCUCACUGAGUUUGUUAAUAGUCUCCCUCGAACCAAUAGCCAUACAAAGAUUCGAAUUCUCUUUGCGCACUGUAACUUCCAUAUCCAGUGCCAUGAACCAUCCAGUUGAGCUAGAAUACGAGGAGCCUGUGUAAUUUGGUAAAGUGAAACAUAGAGGUUAUUGCAUCAAUAUUUUAUCAUUUAUUCGUCGGAGUUUGAAUUGCAAAAAAAUACAUACGAGAAGGGAAGGGAAUUUUUUUUAUUUAAUAAUUUAAAUUGUGUAAU